AUGCCGCGGCCACUCUCCGUUGCCAAAGGCGAGCCAACCGCGACGGUGGUUUCUACCCCGGACGCUUCGAAUAAAUCAGAUACGGCACACAAGACAACCUUAACCCAAAGCGCCAAGCCUAUCUUGAUUGCAGAUGCACCUAUCGCAGCCACCAAGGAUAACGACUCGACGGCACAACCGAGAGUUUCAAUGAACGUCGAAGAAUUUCAGGGUGAAGUCCAAACUACGAACGAAUUACCUACAAUUGAGACGCUGCGCAAAAUAGAGGCAUACAAUGUUCUCGAUAGCGACGGGAAGUCACAUAGUUUCAAGAGUCUCUAUGCCGGCCACAAUUCUGCCCGCCGAGUACUCAUAAUAUUUAUUCGACAUUUCUUCUGUGGUAACUGCCAGGAAUAUCUACGCACGCUUUCGGCCUCGGUUACUCCCGAGGCCCUUUUGCAGUUACCGGUUAGCACCUUCAUUGCCGUAAUAGGGUGCGGCUCACCACAUCUAAUCAAUUCGUACAUCCAAGAGACCGGCUGCCCUUUCCCGGUUUAUGCUGAUCCAACCCGUCGUCUGUAUACUGAACUUGGAAUGGUGCGCACCUUGGCAUUGGGCUCGCGACCAGCCUAUAUGCAAGGGAAAUCGCUGGCACAUACUGUCGUCUCUGGUGUAGUCCAGGGGUUGAAGCAAGUGAAAUCAGGCUUAGUGACGAAGAUGGGUGACCAGAAACAAGUUGGCGGGGAAUUCCUUUUCGAACCUGCAAACCCAACACUAGACACUCCCGUAACGACACCGCGUAGCGAAGAGGACAAGCAACUGGGGCUUUCGGGCGAAAACGAGAAAUCAGACGGCCACGAAGACCCCAAGGUAGAGGAAAAGCGCGUCACGUGGUGCCAUCGAAUGCGGACGACCCGAGAUCACGCCGAGAUUCCCGAGCUGAUGGAGGUACUCGGUUUAGAUGGCACCGGUGCUCCUAUCAAAGACAAGAAGAGAUGGGAGAAGGCCUUAAGGACGAGGAAGGGUACCGGCUUAAGUAUGGCCAGCCAAAUGAGCCGAAUGAGUGUUGAUACCACUCACACCAAUAAUAACGGCAGUAUAAAGGCAAUUGAGCCUCUCUCCUGA